AUGGCAGCGUCCCCAGAGGCACCCGUUUCCAGUUCUACAGAGCCCAUCAACCGAGCCGAUGCCGCCUUGAUCGACUCGGACCUUCCGCCGGUCCGGUUCUGGCUUCUCAGUGUCGGAAUCUCCUUGGGUCUACUGAUGGCAAUGCUGGACACCUCCAUCAUCGCCACCAGUCUGCUUGCCAUUGGCAAGGAGUUCGAGUCGCUGGAUCGCAUCAACUGGGUGGUACUGUCAUACACGCUCGCGUACCUCGGCUGCGCAGUCCUGUUCGCCCGUAUCGCCGAUGUGGCCGGCCGUCGCGAUGCCUUCCUGGCCGCCUUCGUAGUAUUUCUCGCCUUCUCCAUCGGCUGCGGAUGCGCCCAGAGCCUAGAGCAACUCCUCGUCUGUCGAGCGCUGCAGGGCGUGGGCGGCUCCGGCCUCUACUCGCUCUCCAUGAUCAUCUGGCCCGAGCUGGCUCCGAACCACAUGAAGCAGUACAUCGCCGCGCUCGCCGGUCUUGUUGUUGCCGUCGCCGGCGUGUUGGGACCUGUGUUGGGUGGCAUCCUCACGCAGUACGCUUCGUGGAGAUGGGUUUUCUGGAUCAACGGACCGAUCGGCACCGUCUCUCUAGCCGUCUUCUAUCUCAGCUGGCCGAAAGAACACCAUCUCCCGAGCAUCGAGAAACGGUCCUGGAAAGAUGUUGAUUAUGUGGGCUCGGCACUUCUCAUCGCAGCAGCAGUUCUCGUGACUUUUGCGUUCCAAAAUGUCGCCAGGAACUCGCACGGCUGGCAGGACUCGGGCUUCAUCGCACCCCUCGCUGUCGGUGGGACGUGCUGGGUGCUCCUGUUCGUUUGGGAGUGGUUCAUCGAGUCGCGGGGCGGCGGGGGCGCCGACCGCCUCAUGGCGGCGUUCCCGCUCACGCUCGUGCGCAACCACGUCUACCUGGCGACUUUGUUCAACACAGCGCUCAUGGGCUUCGCCUUCUUCGUGGCGCUCUUCUCGAUGCCGUUACGUCUACAGGUCGUUAACGGGCGCGAGAGCCUGAUGGCGGGGGUGCUGCUGCUGCCCAUGCUGGCCGGCGUCGCCGCGGGUAGCUUUGCAGGUGGUGCCAUCAGCCGCGACAAGAAUCGCAUCUGCGAGACCCUCGUGGCGGGGAGCUGUCUCAUGGUGUUGGGGACCGCGCUCGAGACCACCAUCUCGGACUCUCAGGAGCUGGAUCCGAAGGCCCUCGGGUUCCUGGUUUUUAUCGGGCUCGGUUUUGGUAUCUCGGCCAGCUGCUCUACCAUGAUUGGCAUUGUCGAGGCGCCGGUUCGCGAACACGCCCCAGCACAGGGAAUUACAGCACAAAUGCGCGUCUUGGGCAGCAGCCUCGGGAUCGCGGCAUCCUCAGUCAUGCUGGCGGACGAGGUGCAGCGGCAGCUGGGCGGCGUUCUCACCGUGACGCAGCUGGCCGCCGUCGAGACGCGCGGGCCGGCUGGCGUCACUGCUGACGGCGGCGGCGGCGGCACACAAGACGUGCAACACAUCAUGGAUCUCGUCCGCCAGGCGUACGCAGAUGCCUUCCGGCACGACAUGAUCCUCGCGGCCGCGGUGGGCGCGUUGGGGGUGAUUGCGGCAUUGUGUUCGUACCAACGCGGGCGGGUCUCGCUCUUGGAGGCAAGGAAGCGGCACGCACAGGACGAGCUCGAGAGGAGGCGCCAGAGGGGCGCGGACGUGGCGUCGUCUCCUAGCGGGGAGAUUGGCGGGUCUAGGACGGAGGGCAAGCGAACGCCGGGAACUGCGUCGGCAGAGGUGUGA